AUGGCCAACAUGAUCACUGACUCCCCUGAGUCCUAUGACUACCCUGACGGGACCGGGAUACCCACUGGCCCCGUGGACGGCACUUCUGCACCACCGCAGCUGCCUCCGGCCAGUAUUCUCGCCCUCAUCAUCUUCACCCUGGUCUUCCUGGUGGGGGUGCCGGGCAAUGCCCUCGUCAUCUGGGUGACCGCCUUUGACAUCAGGCGAGUUGUCAAUGCCAUCUGGUUUUUCAACUUGGCGGUGGCCGACCUCAUAUCCUGCCUGGCUCUGCCCGUCUUGUUUGCCAUAGUCGUGAAAAGGGGAGAGUGGCCAUUCGGGAGCAACGACUUUGGGAUGGCCAGCUGCCGCGUCCUGCCGUCCCUCAUUCUGUUUAACAUGUACGCCAGCAUCCUGCUGCUGGUCACCAUCAGCGCCGAUCGCCUCCUCUUGGUGUUUAAACCCAUCUGGUGCCAGAAAUUCCGCCGGGCCAGCAUGGCCUGGGUGGCCUGUGUCGUGGCCUGGGUUGUGGCCCUCCUGAUGACUGUCCCUUCCUUCCACUACCGCUCGAUCCAUGUGGACUGGUACUCCCACCGAGUCGUCUGUGGCACCGACUAUGGAUUGGACGGUGACUCUGUGGAGAAGGCGGUGGCUGUCGUCCGCCUCCUCCUGGGCUUCGUGCUGCCUCUGGUGAUGCUCAGCGGCUGCUAUACCUUCCUGCUGCUCCGGACCUGGAGCCGCAAGGCCACGCGCUCGCCCAAGACGCUCAAGGUGGUGGUGGCCGUGGUGAGCAGCUUCUUCAUCCUCUGGCUGCCCUACCAGGUGACGGGAACCAUGCUGGCUUGGCUGAAUAACUCCUCAUGGCUUUUCUCCUGGGUCACCAUGUUGGACCCUCUGUGCGUCUCCAUUGCCUAUGUCAACUGCUGCGUGAACCCCAUUAUUUACGUGAUAGCUGGCUGGGACUUUCUGGUCCGGCUCCGCAAGUCACUCCACUCUGUCCUCCGCAACGUGUUGACCGAGGAGUCCCUGAUCAGGGACAAGUCCUGCACGCGCUCCACGCUGGACUCCUCCUCCCAGAAGACCCAGGCCAUGUGAAGUCCAGCCUCCGGGCCUCCGUAGACACGCUGGGGCUCCCCUCUUCCUUUCCUGCCACCUUGCUUUCCCCUCAAUUGUGUUGUUGGUCUUGGAGUUUGAACUCAAGGCCUCCUGCUUGCUAGGCAGGUGCUCUACUACUUGAGUCACGCCUCCCACCCUUUUCCCUGCAUUAGUGUUGAAAUGCUAUCUUGCUUUUUUGCCCUGGUGCAUGCCUGGAUCAUAAUCCUCUGAUUCCCUCCCCCCCCCUUCAUGAGAUGGCGUCUCCUAGAUGUUUCUGUCUUAGCUGGCCUA